GCUGUUUGUUUCCAGACCACGGUGCUGUGGAGGGAGCAGCUACGUGGGCCUCCCACCCUAACUGACUGCUGUGCAGCGAGGAGCGAGGCUCAACCCCAGGUGCCCAGUGGACGGCCUGCCUGCGCUAGCUGGUCCAGGAAGCUGCCAGCUGGAGGCCCAAGGCCGGCUUUUAGCUGCCCAUCACCAGAGGCUCCCCUCUCCCCAGCCGGCGAUCAAACUCCCGGGGCUGAGGUCCCAGACGCCCUGAGGUGUUCCCCGACAGCACUUGCGGAAGUCUGUGCCUGAAUCCUCUCCCCUUGGCACCAAAGUAACCGAACAGAAUAUUGCCAUGGACAAGGCUACCUUCUCACUCGUGCCCUGAAAGGGAGCAAGGAGGACGCGAGGGCCCAGCCCUAGAGCACAGACACUUGGUGGCGCUGCCUGUCCUUCUGCGGUUGACCCGGCCUUGGAAGUUUUCGACUUCUCAGUGGGUCCUCAGCUCCUGAACAUCACCUCAGUCCACGCACUUCUCUGCAGGAAGCCUGCCCUCCUCCCUGAGCACCACCUGGCUGGGCCCGCGGCUGUCGCUGCUCACAGGUCCCUGCUGCUACUUCUGUGCAUGGACAGGGACACGGAGAGGCCCUCUUGCCCUCUCCUCCCCAAGCCUGCCUGCCUGUCGGUCUGUCUAUCAUCUAUCUAUCUAUCUAUCUAUCUAUCUAUCUAUCUACCUACCAUCUAUCAUCUCUAUCAUUUAUACUAUAUCUCACAGUGUCCCAGUGCCAAAUCAAGGAAGGAAAUAAACAGGUUUUAGUUAUCUUCUCUCCCGGGGAAUAACAUUCCACUUCCUCCUACCUCCCUAUUGUCAAACCCUAAAUAUAAGAACCAGAGAAAUGGAAUAAAUGUCCCCGAAGAAAUACUCCAAAUCGCAUUCUUGUCCUGGUUCCUGAACCCCUGAGCGUAUUCCAGCGCACGCAGGCUCGUGCUGAGCAGUAGGUGGCUCAGGAAUCCUUUUAUUGCAUUGAGAGCUUUCGUUAAAAGUGUUUACCCAGCGACAAAUGAGAACUUAAGCUUUUGGGUUGACUGGCUUUUUCCUAAGAACUGUCCAAUCCUAAGGCUCAGAGAAGGGUUCCCCAUUUUCAUCUUCUGCAAAGUGAAACGUCAGGUGAGCUGCUGGCAGCUGUGCAGACUGCUGGUGCUUCUGUGCGGUUGUCUCGGUUUCCGCGUGGAAAGAUGACCGGGAUCCCCAGAAGCCCCUGGGCGGCAGCUGGAAUUGUGACGGUGGUUCUCACGGUGCUGAGGACGCCCCUGGCUCACCGCAGAGGGACCCCCGGGGACUUCGUGUACCAGUUUAAGGGCACCUGCUACUUCACCAACGGGACGCAGCGCGUGCGGCUCGUGGCCACGGAAAUCUACAACCGACAGGAGAUCGUGCGCUUCGACAGCGACGUGGGGGUGUUCGUGGCUGUCACGGAGCUGGGGCGGCCCCACGCCGAGAGCUGGAACAGCCAGGAGGACCUGCUGCUGGUGUACCGGGCGCAGGUGGACGUGCUGUGCAGACACAACUACAAGGAGAUGGCUCCCUUCACUGUGCAGCGGCGAGGUGGGCGGGCGGCUCCUCGCGCAGCCUCGCGCGGAGGCCGGGAAGGGAUCUAA